AUGGAGGCCACACCAGCUACUUCCCGACUUGAAAUCGAUCCAUCUGCUGCUAGGGUUUUCAAAUGUUCUUCGAAAGCUAUAUCAAUGGAGGCAACACCAGCUACUUCCCGCCUUGAAAUCGAUCCAUCUGCUAGGGGUUUCAAAUGUUCUUCUAAAGCUAUAUCAAUGGAGGCAACACCAGCUACUUCUCACCUUGAAAUCGACCCACUAAACUACACUAUUUCACUGCCGCUGCCGGUAGUUCCACCAGCCGCUGCACCUCGCUCCCGUAGAAAUGGAAGGCAAGCUCCACGUCAUGGUAAAUCGCCAACUAUCCCGCCGCCGUUUCCAUGGGCAACCAACCACCGUGCCACUGUCCACAGCAUCAAACACCUGACGGACGCCGGUAUCAACGUCAUCUCUGGCGACGUGCACUGCAAGCGAUGUGAUAGGCAGUACAAGAUCGAAUACGAUCUGAAACAAAAGUUUCAUGACAUUGCAUGUUAUGUUGCGGAGAACAAAUAUAAGUUCCGUGAAAGAGCUCCGGCGACAUGGAUGAAUCCGGUUCUACCAAAGUGCAAUCACUGUGGUCAAGAUAAUGUUAUGAAGCCAGUGAUGGCAGAGAAGAAGAAAGAGAUUAACUGGCUGUUCUUGCUUCUUGGACAGAUGCUUGGGUGUUGUACUUUGGAGCAGUUGAAGUACUUCUGUAAGCAUACCAAGAAUCAUCGGACCGGGGCCAAAGAUAGGGUUCUGUUCUUGACGUAUUUAGGGUUGUGUAAGCAAGUCGACCCCAAUGGACCCUUUGAGCGUGAAUGA